UGACCCACAUCGAUUCCUCUAGGGUUGUGAUCGCACACAAUUCCAGCUUUCUCCUCGCAACUUCGUGAUCCGUCUCCGUCGACACAGGGAAUCAAUCAGCAGCAAUGGCGAAGUCAAAGAACAGCUCCCAGCACAACCAGUCGCGCAAGGCGCACAGGAACGGUAUCAAGAAGCCCAAGACUUCUCGCUACCCCUCUCUCAAGGGUACCGAUCCCAAGUUUCGACGAAACCAUCGACAUGCUCUUCACGGCAACAUGAAGGCCUUGAAGGAGGCUAAGGAGGGCAAGCGCGAGACCGUCUAAGAUACCUAUCGGCAAGGGAAAACGGAGGCGUCAAUUUGGAGCAUUCGCAUUGCUCGGUUACGGCACACAAACGAUAGAACUCACGCAAAAAAUGAAACGAUGGAAAUACAGACCCAUGCGGUCAGCCCGACGAGAAGAUGGUGGCAGUCGACAGGUCCCGUCCCGGCGUUCAACGUUUUGAUGGCCCCGAGUAAAAGCAUGUUGCCUGGUUUCCAUUCCAGGGACAUGAGGUAGUAGACGGAAAAACUUCUACCUGAAUUCCAUGCUACAAGGUCCAAUAUGCAGUGAAUUUGCCCGUGACAUGCUGUCCAGAAACUAAUCUGUUCCAUUUUCUUCGUAUCGUCAGUUGAAUCGCUGACCUACCUAUUCUUGUGACUCGCUAGUAGUGGUCGUGUACCCUGAACUUUGAGCUGCACCAUGCCCCCCCCUGUUUCAAAUGCUUUGUCGCUGAACCUGCCGUUCGAUCAUCUGGUAGAGAGAGUGUUUCCAUUCAUGUCUCAAACCUUGUGAUAGAUCUUAAUACCCAUCUCGUCGUACCGUC